UCAUGUGGUCUCUUGCGUCCCUCUUGGUCGUACAAGACUCCCUACGAACCUGACCUUGGGCAGCAAUACGAAUGGAAGCGAUUCAGUCCUCAAGUCGAGGUGAUGGUGCCACAUUGUUGGGCAAGACCAGCUGCCCACUGAAAGUCACCAAGGACAUCUGGUUCAGAUGCUGUUCCUGCACGUAUGUCACCAGAGAUCAGCAUGGAAUUGUGAGCCACCUGGCUGCCCAUGGUGAUGCGCAAUCCAAGUGCCAGCAUCCUCCCAAGUCUGGCUCUAAGGUCCAAGUGCUCAGCAACACUCAAAAGCACUACAGUGAAAAGCGAUUUAAGUGCAAGCUUUGCCCCCAAGAGUUUGCCUAUAAUUCCAUUCUGACCCGUCAUAAUCGAACACAUACUGGUCAAAAGUCGUGUAAGUGCAAGCAGUAUCCCAAAGCUUUUGCUCAAAAAUCAAAUCUGAGAAAUCAUAAUCGAACACACACUGGUGAAAUGCCUUUUAAGUGCAAGCACUGCCCCCAAGCUUUUGCUAACAAUCCCCUUUUAACAAACCAUAAUCGAAUACACUCUGCUAAAAAGCCAUUUAAGUGCAAGGAGUGCCCCCGAGGCUUUGUUCGAAAUUCUUAUCUACGAAGCCAGAAUAAUUUGCACACUGAAGAAAAGCCAUUUAAGUGCAAGCAGUGCCCCCAAGCCUUCGCUCAAAAUUCCUAUUUGAGAAAGCAUAACCAAAUGCACACUGGUGAAAAGCCAUUUAAGUGCAAGCAGUGCCCCCAAGCCUUCGCUCGAAAUUCCCAUCUACAACGCCAUAAUCAAACACAUACUGGUGAAAAGCCAUUUAAGUGCAAGCAGUGCCCCCAAGCCUUUGCUCAAAAUGAUUAUUUGAGAAAGCAUAUCCAAAGGCACACUGGUGAAAAGCCAUUUAAGUGCAAGCAGUGCCCCCAAGCCUUUGCUCGAAAUUCCACUCUACAAAGCCAUAAUCGAACACACACUGGUGAAAAGCCAUAUAAGUGCAAGCAGUGCCCCCAAGCCUUUGCUCAAAAUGAUUAUUUGAGAAAGCAUAACCAAAGGCACACUGGUGAAAAGCCAUUUAAGUGCAAGCAGUGCCCCCAAGCCUUUGCUCGAAAUUCCACUCUACAAAGCCAUAAUCGAACACACACUGGUGAAAAGCCAUUUAAGUGCAAGGAGUGCCCCAAAGCCUUUGCUCACUAUUCCACUCUACAAAUCCAUAAUCGAACACACACUGGUGAAAAGCCAUUUCAAUGCAAGCUGUGCCCCCAAGCCUUUGCUCAAAGUUCCACUCUACGAAGCCAUAAUCGAAUGCACACUGGUGAAAAGCCAUUUCUGUGCAAGCAGUGCCCCCAAGCCUUUGCUCGAAAUUCCCAGCUACAAAGCCAUAAUCGAGUGCACACUGGCGAAAAGCCAUUUAAGUGCAAGGAGUGCCCCCGAGCCUUUGCUCGAAAUUCCAGUCUACGAAGCCAUAAUCGAUUGCACACUGGUGAAAGGCCAUUUAAGUGCAAAGAGUGCCCACAAGCUUUUACUUGAAAUUCCUAUUUGAGAAGGCAUAAUCGAACUCGCACAGGUGAAAAGCCAUAUAAAUGCAAGCAGUGCCCCCGAGCCUUUUCUCAUAGUACCAGUCUUGCCUACCAUUAUCGAACACACAGUGUUUAAAAAGCAUACAAGUGCAAACAAUGCCCCAAAAGCUUUGCUCAGAAUAGAAGUUUAUCUGCCGGAACCAGAUGGCACACGUGCGGAAUGCCUUGCAGUUGGCCCACAAGUUGAGCCUCCCCAUGUGUAAUCAUUUAACUCAUCCAGAACUUGAUGCCAUUUCAGUCAAAGGGUAGAGAUCCAAGAGGCAUCAUACUCUUCUUGAGGAGGAGGAGGAAAGAAUAAAAAGAGGAGGAAGGAAGGAAGGAUUAGGGAGAGAGAGGAGGAAGGAAGGAAGGAUUAGGGAGAGAGAGGAGUGAGUGAGAAGCGAAUUGGGAGAAAGCCCUCGAAAAUUUGUUGAGAGUAGAAAAAGAGGGGGACUUGCGGUUGGGGAGUUCCCGCGGCAAUUUGUUGUGGGAAAACAGACGAAUUGGAAUGCGAUAUCUUCGUUUCACGUGCUUAGGGCAUUCUAGCAGAUUUAGAAACUGUUUUUGGAUGUUCGACCAAACUCUGGUCGCUUAUUGUUACAGAUAAUGGGGUUAAUAUUUUUAAUACCCUCGACUCAGCGCACCGUGGCAGUUUGUGUGCGGAAUAGGAGCAGCCCUUUUUAAAUAAGUUUGGGAAACAAUUUUACCCAGAGUUCACCCAAUCCCGAAAAAAAUAUAAAAUUCACGUUAAAUAAAAUAACAAAACAACCCAAAUUCAAAAUGCUAACAACGCAGCUAUACGAAAUCAAAUCCAUUAACCUAGUACAUUCUUGAAAAUCUGAGCAAUAGCCCCAAUGUAAAGAGUGCAUGCUUAUUGCUCCUGUGCUCCUAAGAGUAAGAAUAAGUUCUGAGUUCAACCAAUUUACAACUCAAUACAAAAUCUUUUUCUUAGUUUAAUCUUGAAUCGCACCCCCGAGUGCUCUAAGGCAUCGGGUGGUGCUUAGCAACGAUAUCGAGGACUCGAAGGAAAGCAUCAUUGCAGCAGAUGGGCCAUCCAUCGACAUCCACCUCAGCCAGUUAAGGUGUGUCUGCAGCAUUGCAGCAGUCCUUAUUUUGCCAGCUGGCAUCCUCUCAUUCCUCCCGCUGCAGCCCCUCGCCUUUGGGAGCAGGUAGAGCUAGUCGAGCGUAUUAAAAAUAUUAACCCCAUUAAUUAACUGUAACAGUAAGCAACCAGCGUUCAGCCGAACAUCCGGAAGCAGAGUUUCUAAAUCUACUAGAACGCCACAACAAAGGUCAAGGAGGUCCCCCACCACAAAUCGCCGGGGGGACCUCCUUGACCGCAAGUCCCUCUUUUUUGUUUCGCAACAAAUUUCAGGGGCCUUCUCCCAAUUCCCUCCCAUACCCUCCUAUUUCGCUUUCUUUCUAAUCCUCCUCUCCUUCCUUCCCUCUUUCCUCAUUCUCCUCUCCCUCCUUUUUUCUUCCUCCUGGAGCGGAGUAUGACGCCUCUUGGAUCUGUGCCGAAUCAAAGUGUGCAUAUAACCGAGUGCAGCAUAGGUUCCAAAGGCUUUGCUCGGAUUAAUAUUUACUUAAGUGCCACGCUGAAGCCUUUAUGCGCAAUAAGCCUGACGAAUUCCAGCAGUGUCCGAAGUCAUUGUUUUGACGGUCUUGCCUGAUCGGGGACAUGCUAGCACACGAGGUUAACAAACCCUAAGGGCAUUUGCGUAAUGCCUGAACCAAGUGCCGUAGACAGAACGCAAGUGUGUGAAUGGGCCCUAAGAGCGAACGCUACCCAAAAGGGUCAACUUUUGAACCUUUGGCUUAGUAUGAAUAAAAAUUAUAGUAUAUGCUGGUAGUGGCGAGACAAAAUGCACCGCAAAGUUUCAUCUGUGUACAUGAAAUGUGAAAGAAAUUAUUGUUGUUUUUAUUAGAAACACACUGACAUAGUUUAGGAAAACUAUCGUUAGGAAACUAAUGUAACACCUGACAUUUUCCUUCACUAGAUACACAGCAGAAUGCCCGGAAAGUGCAACUGUGGGAACAAAAUUUCCAAAAAGUAAUUUAUUUAGUAGUAGUAAACAUAUUAAUUUACAGAAUGAUCAUGUGGUAUUUCGCUUAAAGAGACAAUGAAGACGAUUUUAUUUUUUUUUUUUUAAACGGUGUUUUAAUGCUUCUUGGGAGCAUAGCAUGCCGCCCAAU